AUGUCUGUUUCUAACAUCACCAACGCCAUCUCCAACUUGGAUAUCGAAUCCCAAAUCAAUGCUGCUGCUGCUAAGAAGCAAGGCUUGACCUCUGCCCCAACUGUCUCCGACCAUCAAAAGUUCUUGAGCAAGCACUCUGUCCACAGAAACCAACUUAAGGCCAAAGAAGCUGAUGAACCUUUGCUUUCCGAAAAUAAAAGAAGAUUCGUGUUGUUCCCACUCAAGUACCACGAAAUCUGGCAAAUGUACAAGAAGGCUGAAGCCUCUUUCUGGACUGCCGAAGAAAUCGAUUUGUCCAAGGAUUUGCACGACUGGAACAACAGAUUGAACGAAAACGAAAGAUACUUUAUCUCUAGAGUUUUGGCUUUCUUUGCUGCUUCCGAUGGUAUUGUUAACGAAAACUUGGUCGAAAACUUUUCUGCUGAAGUCCAAGCCCCAGAAGCUAAAUGUUUCUAUGGUUUCCAAAUUAUGAUGGAAAAUAUUCACAGUGAAACUUACUCCUUGUUGAUCGAUACCUAUGUGAAAGAUCCAAAGGAAUCUGAAUUUUUGUUCAACGCUAUUGAAACCAUUCCAUGUAUUAAACAAAAGGCUGAAUGGGCUUUGAGAUGGAUUAACGACAAAGAAGCUUUGUUUGGUGAAAGAUUGGUUGCCUUCGCUGCUGUUGAAGGUAUCUUCUUCUCUGGGUCUUUUGCCUCUAUCUUCUGGUUGAAGAAGAGAGGUUUGAUGCCAGGUUUGACGUUCUCUAACGAAUUGAUCUGCAGAGACGAAGGUAUGCACACCGACUUUGCUUGUUUGUUGUUCUCUCAUUUGCAAAACAAGCCAAACCCAGAAAUUGUUGAAAAGAUCAUCACUGAAGCCGUUUCCAUUGAAAAGGAUUACUUUACCAAUGCUUUGCCAGUCUCCUUGUUGGGUAUGAACGCUACUUUGAUGUGCCAAUACGUUGAAUUCGUCGCUGACAGAUUAUUAGUCUCCUUGGGUAACAAAAAGUUCUAUAAUGCCACUAACCCAUUCGACUUCAUGGAAAACAUUUCUUUGGCUGGUAAGACCAACUUCUUUGAAAAGAGAGUCUCUGACUACCAGAAAGCUGGUGUUAUGGCUAAGACAGAAAAGGAAGAAACCGGUUUUACUUUUGAUGAUGACUUUUAA